AUGCCGAUUUGCCCACCAGAGCCGAUUCGAUCUGGGCGUGGUUGGCCGAGGCCCAGUGGGAAGAAGGUCUUGAAGGCCAUCAAGUUCAAUUCCAAGACCGGCGACGAGGACGCCGAGUUUGCGUCGCUCGAUCCCGUCAACAAGGUCGUGCUCCACCUCGGUCGCGCCCGAUCCCGGCUCGCCACCGAUGCCAACGCCACCGCGGAACAGAUCGCGCGCUAUCGCAAGCUUCAGGCGGGCUCGGGGUUGUCGACCGCGGUCACCUGGGCACCUUCAUGUUUGGCGGAAGAUUCGGCGGAAGAGUCGGCUGCAGGCCCGAAGAUGAAGCUCCGGGAGCGCAGCAGCCCAAAGUUGGGCGACGACGCAGAGGCCCUGAGCUGCGGCUGCUCGAUCGACGAAGAAGAAGAUGAAGUGGGGGAGGAGGGCGUUGAGGCCCUGCUGCUCGAGGAAUCGUACCAGCUUCUCGUGUUCCAGUCUCUGGGCUGCCGCGCCGGCUGGGCAGCGCAGCCGCUGGCCUGGCUCGCCACCGGAGUGAAGAGCUCAUUCCUCGAAUUCCUUCCGAGCGGGGGGUUUGGGCGAAAGGUCUAG